CCCUACCCACCCACCACCCUCCCGCAGCCUGUCUCCGCCCGCCCGCCGCCCGCGGCCGCUCGGCGGCGGGCGGAGGAGGAACCUGGCUUUUCGGGAAACAUCCACCAUUGGAGCCAUCGAGGGCUGCUCUGGUGCGAUGUGUGGAGUGCCUUAGGGAAGGCUCCCGAUUGUCGGCGGCAGGUUGGCCGGUUCGUCUGAAUGAAGCUCAUCUCCAUGCGGGAUCUUCCUCUCACAACGGGGAACACCAUGCGUUACACGCUUGCGUGCCCCGCGUCCCGCGCACCCGGGUGCUGAGAAGAGCAUCACGAAGAACCCCCCCCCCCGGCAUAUGACGCCGCAUCUGCUGUACAAGACUUGGGGCAAGGGGUCAUGACCACGUCCAUGAAGAGGCGGAAGACGCGAGGCUUUGGUAGGACAUGGAUGGGGCAUGUUGGGUGAGGGGGGGGGGG